GCACCGCCGAAGAAACCGGCGGGCGUGCGGGCGGCGACGGCGGCGGCCUCCGCGGCGCCCCACGCCAAACUCCGAAAGCCCGCCGCCCGCCUCUGCUCCUCCCACUCCUUAAACCGAUCCUGCCGUGACGCCUCCAUUGUGUGCGCAGCGGCAGCGGCUCCCGGCGACUGUUGUAUCCGGCCGGCGCCUUUUUUUUUCUCUCCUCCUCCUUCCUUCCCCCUCCCCUUUUCCCGUAGAAACUGCUGGGGCCGCCGCCGCCUCUUUCCCGCCGCCCCUCCCGCUUCUCCUUUUCCUUCAGCCGGGCGCCCCCCGCCUCGCCGCCUCAUCUUCGGUGUCUCCCCCUCCCUUUCACUCGAUGACGCGAUGGCAACGGCCAACUUCGGCAAGAUCCAGAUAGGGAUCUACGUGGAGAUCAAGCGCAGCGAUGGUCGAAUACAUGAAGCUAUGGUAACAUCUCUAAAUGAGGAUAAUGAAAGUGUUACUGUAGAAUGGAUUGAAAAUGGUGAUACUAAAGGAAAAGAGAUUGACUUGGAGAGUAUAUUUUCGCUUAACCCAGACCUAGCUCCUGAAGAAGAUGAUCCUAGCCCAGAGACUCCUCCACCUCCCACACCCUCGGCAAAAGUAAACAAAAUUGUGAAGAAUCGAAGGACUGUGGCUCCUUCUAAAAUUGAAACUCCUGCUAGAGAUAACAGAGUGAUUGGUUCUGCACGUGCACGACCUACUCAACUUCCUGAACAGUCAUCAUCUACACAACAGAAUGGUAGUGUUUCAGAUAUAUCUCCAGUUCAAGCUGCAAAAAAGGAAUUUGGACCCCCUUCACGUAGAAAAUCAAAUUGUGUGAAAGAAGUUGAAAAAUUGCAAGAAAAGCGAGAAAAGCGAAGAUUACAGCAACAGGAAAUUAGAGAGAAACGAGCACAGGAUGUAGAUGCCACAAAUCCAAAUUAUGAAAUCAUGUGUAUGAUCAGAGAUUUCAGAGGAAGUUUGGAUUAUAGACCACUUACAGCUGCAGAUCCUAUUGAUGAGCACAGGAUAUGUGUAUGUGUUCGAAAACGACCACUCAAUAAAAAAGAAACUGUAAUGAAAGACCUUGAUGUCAUAACAAUUCCAAGCAAAGAUGUUGUAAUGGUACAUGAACCUAAGCAAAAAGUAGAUUUAACAAGGUACUUAGAAAACCAAACAUUCCGAUUUGAUUAUGCCUUUGAUGACAGCGCCCCUAAUGAAAUGGUCUACAGGUUUACUGCAAGACCAUUAGUGGAAACCAUAUUUGAAAGAGGAAUGGCUACAUGUUUUGCCUAUGGACAAACAGGCAGUGGAAAAACCCAUACUAUGGGUGGUGACUUUUCAGGAAAGAACCAAGACUGUUCAAAAGGAAUUUAUGCACUUGCUGCUAGAGAUGUCUUUUUAAUGUUGAAGAAGCCAAACUAUAAAAAACUGGAACUUCAAGUAUAUGCAACAUUUUUCGAGAUUUAUAGUGGAAAGGUUUUCGACUUACUGAACAGGAAGACCAAAUUAAGAGUUUUAGAAGAUGGUAAACAGCAAGUCCAGGUGGUGGGAUUACAGGAGCGAGAGGUUAAAUGUGUUGAAGAUGUUCUAAAACUUAUUGAGAUAGGCAACAGUUGCAGAACAUCAGGCCAAACAUCAGCAAAUGCACACUCCUCUCGAAGUCAUGCAGUGUUUCAGAUCAUCCUCCGGAGGAAAGGGAAGCUACAUGGUAAAUUUUCCCUAAUUGACUUGGCUGGAAAUGAAAGAGGAGCUGAUACUUCCAGUGCAGAUAGGCAAACCCGACUAGAAGGUGCUGAAAUUAACAAGAGCCUUUUAGCACUCAAGGAGUGCAUCAGAGCCUUAGGCCGAAAUAAACCUCAUACUCCAUUUAGAGCAAGUAAACUUACUCAGGUCUUAAGAGAUUCAUUCAUUGGAGAAAACUCUCGCACCUGUAUGAUUGCUACUAUUUCUCCAGGAAUGGCAUCUUGUGAAAACACUCUAAAUACAUUAAGAUAUGCAAAUAGAGUAAAGGAAUUUGGAAUUAGUCCUUCGGACAUUCCCUUCUCACAGGGUAGUGGCAGUCGCUCUGAUCUCUCUCCUUCCUAUGAGUAUGACGACUUUUCUCCUUCAAUCACCAGAGUCAAGGAACUAACAGUUGAUCCCAGUGCUGCUGGUGACGUCCGUCCUAUCAUGCAUCAUGCUCCAAAUCAGAUUGAUGACUUGGAUGCACAGUGGGGUGUUGGGAGCUCACCUCAGAGAGAUGAUCUUAAACUACUUUGUGAACAAAAUGAGGAAGAAGUUUCACCACAGUUAUUCACUUUUCAUGAAGCAGUGUCACAGAUGGUGGAAAUGGAAGAGCAAGUAGUAGAAGACCACAGAGCUGUCUUCCAGGAAUCAAUUAGAUGGUUAGAAGAUGAAAAAGCACUCCUGGAAAUGACAGAAGAAGUAGACUAUGAUGUAGAUUCAUAUGCUACACAACUUGAAGCAAUUCUAGAACAAAAAAUUUACAUUUUGACGGAACUUCGAGAUAAAGUGAAGUCCUUUCGCACAGCACUACAAGAAGAAGAACAGGCUAGUAAACAAAUCAAUCCGAAGAGACCACGUGCCCUUUGAGGCAAACUUCUGCUGCUAAAAGAUGCCUGAAUCUUCAUUGCUAUACCACGCAGCUGGUUGGAAAUGAAGUAGUAAGAAGUCUCAUCUACUUGAAAGAUCUAAAACUUUUGAAGUGUCUGUAGAAAUGUUCCAUUUCUUCCUCCCCCAGCCAACAUUUCAGUUGUGUGGAACGCUCCUUAAUGUCUGGAAAAUGCAUCUAGACCAGAUAGCACAGCCAGGCAGGUUUGGGAGCUGGGAAGCACUUUUGUUUCAAAUGUUUUAACGUACUCAAAAUUGUGAAUCUUUUUAUGUUUUGGAAAUCUUUGCCAAUUUUUUUUUUAAAUAAUGAAGUACAAUGGUGGACUUGUAAAAACUUCACAGAAUUUUGUUUCAUUUAGUCAAAUUGUUGCAAAGAACAGCUGUGCAGUUUUGUAUUUGUAUGCAUGCCCACCUCAUCAGUGAUUGUAUAUACCUCUUCUUCUAAACAGCUGUGCUUACCUCUACGUGUUUUGUGCCUUGAUCAAGGCAACCUGAUCUUAAAUGUCCUCUCUAAAGCACAGCCUUAAUAAAUGCCACUCUUUAUUUGUCAAUGUAAAUUACUUUUACUAUUUGUACAUUUUAAUGUGUGUUGUUUUGUUUUUCUUUUUGUGACUAGUUCUUCAUUUCAUAGUUAUGUGCCAUAUCAUUGAUCUGGAAUUAAAAACUGUCAGUGUGGAUUGACAGUGAGCCAUUUCAUUUUUUUUCUCUGUAUAAAUCGGGAAUCAUGGUUUCUUUCAAUGCCAUAAAGAGUGAAUCUAACAUCUUCUUUGUAAAGAACAAAGCUAUAAAUUAGUGAAUAUGUAAUAAAAUGGUUCUGGAUUAUGAAGGAGAGUUAUAUCUAGAGUAGUGAAGAUUUACAAUAUGUGUCCUAGAGGGUUGUCCAAGUAAAAAUGCAACCUGAUCUCUACAUAAGAAUAGAAGAGGUAUCCAAAAAUAGGAUAUCAAAAUAACCCUUUCUCUUCCUAUUAAAAUUGGCUUUUUGAUGCAUGACAGUUUACAUGUGCAUUAAUUGUAGUUUGCAAGUAGUUAGUACUGUUGCUUUAAAAGAAAGUAGCUAAUAUGUAUCUUCCAGUUGUACAGUGCCAUCACUUGAAAAGUGGAGUGAAUUAGUAUCUUUUGAGGAUUGGCACAAUAUAUACUCCACAUGCUGAAAAAUAUUCCAUGAAGCCUAAAGCCUUCAUAAAUGGCACUGUGUGUCCAGCACUUUUAAGGUGGUGGCACUAAUUUUUUCCAAAUUGCUGUCUAAAAGAAUUACCUUUUUAUGUCUUUUCUUUAAAGUCAGAUUUGUUCAGGACUCUCUAGGAGUUAGCUCUGUUCCCAAGAUAUAUAUUCCAGGCACUCACUUCAGCAACAAACAUUACUUGAAACUGUUUCAUGUUUUGUUUCUGGAACAUAAUCCAUCUGUGCUGUGACUGAGGGAAAUACAGGGAAAGCAAUGACAAGAGAGUGUAAAUAAGCCAAUGUUUUCAGUAUUUAAGAUAAUUCCCAUAAGAAGGUAGGCUGUGGAAAUCCCUUGCCAUUAUCUUGAUGACAAAG